AUGGCUUUUGCCAGCAUGGAGUCUGGAUUCUGGGGUAGAUUCCCACCCUGGCGCUUAGCUGCGGAGAAUUCCACACAGUUCCAAGCAAAUAAUGAAUCUUUUAAAGCCAAAAAAUGCAUAUGGGACCGUGGAUACGGCACCAUUGACCAUCUCUUCACCAUGUCCAUGCUUUAUUCCAGCGAAACGGCGGCCAGUACCAUCUGUUCCAAUGGGUCGACCACAGACUGUGCCCCAUGUAUCUGGACCAAUUUGUCAGCUUUACCUGCAGCAAUCUCAGGGACCAUUCCACCAUCAGAGGAUCCUCGCAUCGAAACCUUGCGAAGGUAUUCUUAUGGCGUGGCAUUACCCUCAAUAUGUCUUCUUGGAAUCGUGGGAAACAUUUUCAAUCUCAUCGUGCUUACAAGAAAAAACAUGAGAGGCACAGCCUAUAUUUACAUGAGAGGUUACUCAGCAGCAGCCCUCCUAGCAAUCCUGUUCGCCCUACCCUUCGCCUGGAGGGUCCUAGUCCACCGCGAACACGGCCACUGGGACAACCCCGUCCCAGCCUAUUACUUCGCCCACUUGGAACUGUUCCUGGGCAACGGUUGCCUGGGAGUGGGCGUCAUGAUGCUCCUCGCCCUCACCCUGGAGCGCUACGUGAGCGUGUGUCACCCAGGACACGCCAGGCCUAUCCUAGGGUCACCCAUACGCGCUGUCAUCAUCAUUCCGGUGCUGACGUUUAUUUUCUACAUUCCUGCUAUGUUCAGGAGUUAUGUGAAGACGUGCAGGUUGUUGCCUGAGGGUAAUGUGAUUUAUCAGAGGACUGAGAACACGGAAUAUCUGGCACAUCCGGCGUAUAGUGUGUACAAGGUGGUGUUGGAGUUGAUUUUUAAAGUAGUACCUGUUAUUUUGCUGGCGGCGCUGAAUUUGAGGAUACUCAUCGUGUAUAGAAGAUCAUGUGAAAGGAGACGAAAAAUGACUCUUAGUAGAACGACAUCUGGUGAAGAGGACCCAAGAAAAUUUGCCGAAGAACGACGUUUGGUACUACUUUUAGGCUCGACGAGUAUCUUAUUUUUAGUCUGUGUAACUCCCAUGGUUAUUCUUAACGUCACCCUGUCAGACAGUAACCUCAUGAAAUAUCCUUAUCAGGUAUUCAGGGCUAUUGCCAACCUUCUGGAAGUGACCAACUACUCCAUAACCUUCUACAUCUACUGUCUCUUUUCCGAGGAUUUCAGAAACACACUGCUGCGCACUCUGAGCCUCUCGGACAAUACUCCGGUGAGGGGAACGACCAAAGGUCCCCCGCCCACCGCCACCACCACAAUCACUCAGAAGAGCGUCUGAUAUAAACCGUCUAGAUCGGAAAUCACUCCGGUCUGAGUCAAAUUCAAGACUGGGAGAGUAUCGUUCUGAGCCCCGAGAUGUAUAGUAAUGAAAGGAAUAAUGUCCACACAAACGUCGCACUAAUAGGACCUUUUAUUUGAUUAGUGUUUGUUCUUAAGAGAUGAAAAAAUCUGUUAGAAAUACCUGUUUGUACAUAAACUGUGUAUUUGUACUCAGAAAUAUAUGUAUAGCAAUCCAUAUAGUACAGGGUGAUCCAAAUUGGAAACUUUUAUUUACACUGGGUGCGUCUGAAA